GCUCUGCAGUGCAGGACAGUCAGCACAGUUUCGUGUGCUCACCCUGCUACCACUUACAGCGUGAACCACAAGAGCUUGCAAUCAACAAAGUGAGGACGAGCCACGGUUUGCCAACUUUAUUUCUGUUUUGUUUACACCAGGAUAUUUUUUGUUUUUGGCAGUCUUCGUAUUCCUUCUAUUUCUUAUGAGCAGGAAAAGCAUGUGCCAGCAGUUGUCCCACAACUAACCAGAUGUAAGGAUACCCUGUAAAACAAAGGCUCUGGGUGGACUUGGAAGAAAUGGAUUAAGUGCACAUCUAUAUAGUCACUCUUGGCACAUGUGUUUGUAGACUAGACUCCUGAACCUGGAAUUCUGUAACAAUGGAUAAUUUCUUUACUGAGGGGACACUUGUCUGGUUAAGAGAAAAUGGCCAGCACUACCCGAGUUUUGUUCAGUCCUGUGCUGGGGGAGUGGUUGUAUUUAAAACAUACUACAAUGAGGUAUUCACUUAUAAACAAAGUACAAUUACGCGUCAAAAGGUGACUACUAUGCAUCCAACAAGUGCCAAUGGAGUAGAAGACAUGGCAGCCCUGUGUGAUCUUCAUGAAGGGUCUAUAAUGUAUAAUCUCUUCCAGCGAUAUCAACAGGACAAAAUAUAUACAUAUAUUGGGUCUAUUCUUGCCUCUGUUAACCCUUAUAAGCUGAUCUCUGGACUCUAUGACCACAACGCAGUGGAGCUCUACAGUAGGCAUCACAUGGGAGAAAUACCACCUCAUAUCUUUGCUGUGGCCAACGAGUGUUACCGCUGCCUGUGGAAGCGUCAUGACAACCAGUGUGUUCUCAUAAGUGGCGAAAGUGGAGCAGGAAAGACAGAAAGCACAAAACUCAUCUUAAAGUUCCUAUCUGCAAUGAGCCAACAUUCCCUCGAAAUAUCUUCGAAGGAAAGAACAGCGAGUGUGGAACAAGCCAUAUUGGAGAGCAGCCCAAUUAUGGAAGCCUUUGGGAAUGCAAAAACUGUUUACAAUAAUAACUCAAGUCGAUUUGGGAAGUUUAUCCAGCUGAAUAUAUGUCAAAAAGGACAUAUUCAGGGAGGGCGGAUUGUAGACUAUUUAUUAGAAAAGAAUCGUGUAGUACGACAGAAUCCUGAGGAGAGAAAUUACCACAUAUUCUAUGCACUGCUGGAGGGUGCUGUGAAGGAGGAAAGAGAGGCAUUUUAUUUAUUGCAAGCAGAGAAGUACCACUACUUGAAUCAGUCUGGAUGUAUUAAAGAUGAGACUAUGAGUGACAAGGAGACAUUUCAGGAAAUUAAAAAUGCUAUGAAGGUCAUGAAGUUUACCAGUGAGGAUGUGCGAGAAAUCUUUCGGUUGCUUGCAGGAAUUUUGCACCUGGGAAACAUUGAAUUCAUUACUGCUGGUGGAGCACAGGUUUCCUCCAAAACAGCUCUGGGAAGAGCUGCAGAGUUGCUUGGGCUGGACUCAGAGCAACUGACAGAAACAUUAACUCACAGGUCAAUGAUCCUCAGGGGAGAAGAGAUCUCUACACCACUCAGCAUUGAGCAGGCAGUGGACAGCAGAGAUUCGGUAGCUAUGGCACUUUAUUCACAAUGCUUUGCCUGGGUAAUAAAGAAGAUCAAUAGUCGGAUAAGAGGAAAAGAUGACUUCAAAUCCAUUGGAAUUUUGGACAUCUUUGGUUUUGAAAACUUUGAGAUCAAUCGCUUUGAACAGUUCAACAUCAACUAUGCAAAUGAAAAGCUGCAAGAAUAUUUUAACAAGCACAUCUUCUCGUUGGAGCAGCUCGAGUACAGCAGAGAAGGGCUUCUCUGGGAAGACAUUAAUUGGAUCGAUAAUGGAGAAUGCUUGGAUUUAAUAGAAAAGAAACUUGGCCUGUUAGCGCUCAUCAAUGAAGAAUGCUACUUUCCUCGAGCCACUGACAGCACCCUACUGGAGAAGUUACAUAAUCAACAUGCUAACAAUUCUUUCUAUGUAAAACCAAGGGUUGCUGUCCACAAUUUUGGAGUGAAACACUAUGCUGGAGAGGUCCUUUAUGAUGUGAGAGGCACCUUGGAAAAGAACCGAGAUACUUUUAGGGAUGACAUCCUCAACCUUCUGCGUGAAAGCAGACUUGAUUUUAUAUAUGACUUGUUUGAGAAUGUAUCAAGUCGGAAUAGCCAUGAUACACUGAAAUCUGGAAGCAAGCACAAAAAGCCCACGGUCUGUUUACAGUUUAAGGACUCCCUGCAUUCCUUAAUGGCAACUUUAAGCACAUCAAAUCCAUUCUUUGUUCGUUGCAUAAAGCCAAACAUACACAAGAUGCCUGACCAGUUUGAUCAGACAUUGGUUCUCAAUCAGUUAAGAUACUCAGGAAUGCUGGAGACAGUAAGGAUACGCAGAGCUGGAUUCCCCGUCAGAAGACCUUUCCACGAUUUUUAUUUGAGGUAUAAAGUUCUAAUGAGGAACCUGACCCUUCCUGAUGAUUUGAGAGGAAAGUGUCAGAUGCUUCUCCAUCUGCAUGACAUGACUGAUACUGAAUGGCAGCUUGGAAAGUCCAAGGUCUUUCUCAGAGAAUCACUGGAGCAUAAAUUAGAGAAACAACGUGAGGUUGAAGUAUACAAGGCAGCAUUGAUAAUACAGUCUCACAUUAUGGGGUUUGUGGCAAGAAAGCAGUACAGAAAGGUACUUCACUGUGUGGUGGUUAUACAAAAGAACUACCGAGCCUUUCUGUGGAGGACCAAAUUUCUACGUCUGAAGCUAGCUGCAUUGACCUUCCAGAGACAUUUGCGUGGGCAGUUAGCCCGUCGAAUAUACAGACAACUGCAGGAGCAAAAACAAAGAGAAGAGGAAGAAAGGAGGAAAAGAGAAGAGGAAGAGAGGAGGAAAAGAGAAGAGGAAGAAAGGCUGAGAAAAGAAGAAGAAGAUAGAAGAAGAAAGGAAGAGGAAGACAGGAUAAAGAGAGAGACUGAAGAAAGAGAAAGACAGAGGCAAGAAGCAGAACUUUUAGCUAAGCAGGCUGAGGAAGCAAAGAAACAGGAGGAAGUUGUUGCCAUGCUAGAAGCCCAAAAGGAGGCUUUAGUAAAACAUGAUUUAGAGAAACAGAGAGAGAGCAAGCAAGUUGAAGAAAUUCUGCGACUAGAAAAGGAAAUUGAUGACCUACAAAGAAUGAAGGAGAAACAGGAAUUAUCUCUUACAGAAGCAUCCUUACAGCGACUGCAGCAACUCCGAGAUGAUGAGUUAAAACGUCUAGAAGAGGAAGCCUGCAAAGCAGCUCAAGAGUUUCUGGAGUCACUGAACUUUGAUGAGAUAGAUGAAUGUGUGAAGAACAUUGAAAUGUCCCUCUCUGUGAGUGAUGUUUUUCCUGAUGAACUUUCUGCUAUAGGUGACAUUACUUUAUGCGAAAAACCAACCUUCAACUUCAGUCAGCCAUACCCUGAGGAGGAGGUCGAUGAAGGCUUUGAAGCUGACGAUGAAACAUUCAAGGACUCCCCUAAUCCUAGUGAGCAUGGCCAUUCAGACCAAAGAACUAGUGGCAUUAGAACCAGUGAUGACUCUUCAGAAGAAGAUCCUUACAUGAAUUAUACUCUAGGCCCUGAAACUCAAGCUGCGGUCAGUAAAACUAUGUUUGGUCAAGAUCAGGUAAUACCUAAAAACUCAACUGGAGGGGACUCAGCAUACUGUGUGCCAGAAGUUGUGUCUGGUGAGCCCCAGCAUCCUGGAAGGUUCAUUACUCCUGAGGGAGAUUAUGAUUAUGACCAUGAUGACUAUGAAGAUGGUGCUAUAACGUCAGGAAGCAGUGUGGCUUUCUCUAACUCACACAGAAGCCAGUGGUCUCCAGAUUAUAACUGUUCCAUUGGAACAUACAACAGCUCUUCGGCCUACAGGUUUAGUUCAGAAGGGGCUCAGUCUUCGUUUGAAGACAGCGAAGAAGACUUUGAUUCCAGGUUUGACACAGAUGAUGAGCUUUCCUAUAGAAGGGAUUCUGUCUACAGCUGUGUCAGUCUACCUUAUUUUCACAGCUUUUUGCACAUGAAAGGUGGAGUAAUGAACACAUGGAAGAAACGUUGGUGUGUCUUAAAGGAUGAAACAUUCCUGUGGUUCAGAUCCAAGCAGGAAGCGUUAAAGCAAGGAUGGCUGCACAAAAAAGGAGGUGGAUCGUCUACGCUGUCCAGAAGAAAUUGGAAAAAACGUUGGUUUGUUCUGCGACAGUCCAAACUGAUGUACUUUGAGAACGACAGUGAAGAAAAACAGAAAGGGAACAUCGAACUUCGAGAUGCUAAGGAGAUUGUUGAUAAUACUGGCAAAGAGAACGGGAUUGACAUAGUAAUGGAAGGUCGAACCUAUCAUUUAAUUGCUGAGUCUCCUGAGGAUGCAAGCCAAUGGUUUAGUGUGAUGAGCCAAGUUCAUUCAUCCACAGAUCAGGAGAUUCGGGAGAUGCACGAUGAGCAAGCGAAUCCACAAAAUGCUGUGGGCACUUUGGAUGUUGGAAUGAUUGACUCAGUGUGUGCCUCUGAUAACCCUGAUAGACCAAAUUCAUUUGUAAUUAUCACUGCAAAUCGUGUCCUUCACUGUAAUUCUGAUACGCCAGAAGAGAUGCAUCACUGGAUCACUUUAUUGCAAAGGUCAAAGGGUGACACAAGGGUUGAAGGGCAGGAGUUCAUAGUACGAGGGUGGUUACAGAAAGAAGUUAAAAAUAGCCCUAAAAUUCCUUCGUUGAAACUGAAGAAACGAUGGUUUGUCCUUACCCACAAUUCUUUGGACUACUACAAGAAUUCAGAGAAAAGUGCUAUGAAACUGGGCACCUUGGUGCUGAACAGCCUGUGCUCUGUGGUACAGCCUGAAGAGAAAAUAUUUAAGGAAACAGGAUACUGGAACGUGAUAGUGUACGGUCGCAAACACUGUUACCGCUUGUAUACCAAACUAUUAAAUGAAGCCACAAGGUGGUCUAGUGCCAUUCAGAAUGUGAUAGACACAAAGGCUCCAAUUGACACGCCAACUCAACAACUAAUUCAGGAUAUAAAGGAAAACUGUCUGAACACUGAAGUUGUGGAGCAGAUUUACAGGCGAAAUCCAAUUCUUCGCUACACUCAUCACCCUUUGCACUCUCCUUUGCUACCACUUCCCUAUGGAGACAUCAACUUAAACUUGCUGAAAGAUAAAGGAUAUACAACAUUACAAGAUGAAGCAAUCAAGAUUUUCAAUUCUCUGCAACAACUCGAGUCUCUCUCUGAUCCUGUGCCAAUCAUUCAGGGCAUACUACAGACUGGUCAUGAUUUACGCCCUCUGAGAGAUGAGCUUUAUUGCCAGCUCAUUAAGCAGACUAACAAGGCUCACAAUCCUGGCAGCACGGGCAACCUGUAUCACUGGCAGAUACUUACUUGCUUGAGCUGCACCUUCCCACCCAGUCGAAGCAUCCUGAAAUAUCUGAAAUUUCAUCUUAAAAGAAUACGGGAGAAAUAUCAAGGCUCAGAAAUGGAAAAGUACGCAGUGUUCAUCUAUGAGUCAUUAAAGAAAACCAAGUGCAGGGAGUUUGUGCCAUGUCGGGAUGAAAUUGAAGCUUUAAUUCAGAGACAGGAAAUUACAACCACUGUGUACUGUCAUGGCGGAGGAGCUUGCAAGAUUACAAUCAACUCCCACACAACUGCUGGAGAGGUGGUGGAGAAACUGAUUCGAGGACUGGCCAUGGAAGACAGCAGAAAUAUGUUUGCUCUUUUUGAAUACAAUGAGGUGACAGAUAAAGCCAUUGAAAGCAGAACCAUUGUGGCUGAUAUACUGGCUAAAUUUGAAAAGCUUGCUGUGAGCAGAGACGCUGGAGAUAAGCCCUGGAAAUUCUACUUCAAACUCUACUGCUUCCUGGACACAGACCAUGUGCCAAAGGACAGUGUGGAAUAUGUGUUCAUGUUUGAGCAGGCACAUCAAGCAGUUAUCCGUGGUCAGUAUCCUGCACUCGAAGAAUCUCUGCAGUUCUUGGCAGCUUUGAGGUUACAGUAUUCACAAGGAGACUACAGUCUACACUCCAUUGUACCAGAGAUGGAAGAGUUUUAUCCCAUGCAGAAACUGAAAGCUCGAAUUUCUCAGUCCACCAAAUCAUUUACACCCUCUGAACGAACAGAAAGAAAGAGGUCUAGUUUCUUAGAAGGGACAUUGAGGAGAAGCUUUAGAAGUGGCUCCAUCAGCAAGCAGAAAAUGGAAGAGGAGCAGAUGCAGGAUAUGUGGGUAAAGGAAGAGGUUCUCUCAACGAGAGCCAACAUUAUUGACAAGUGGAAAAAGUUACAGGGUAUAAGUCCAGAACAGUGUAUCUCCAAGUACAUGGUUUUGAUAAAGGAAUGGCCUGGCUAUGGAUCAACACUAUUUGAUGUUGAGUGUAAAGAAGGUGGAUUUCCACAGGAGCUGUGGUUAGGAGUCAGUGUUGAAGCGGUUUCUGUGUACAAGAGAGGAGAAGGACGACCUCUAGAAGUGUUUCACUAUGAGCAGAUUUUGUCUUUUGGGGCUCCAUCUUCAAAUACCUACAAGAUAGUAGUAGAUGAGCGAGAGCUUUUAUUUGAAACAAGCGCGGUGGUUGACAUUGCUAAACUAAUGAAGGCCUACAUCAGCAUGAUUGUGAAAAAGCGGUACAGUACUACACGCUCAGAGAGCAGCCAUGGAAGCCAAGCAAGCUCCCGGUGAACACAGGAUCUGUGACCCACAUAUCCUCUUUUAUAUACAGGAGAUGCGCUCCUUACAAACAUCAGGGCACCCAGACCUUAACUUCUUGGCCUUGGCAAAUUCAACAACCAGGGAGUUCCAGUGCCUAACAUAUUUUACCUGCC